AUGUUACAAUGGACAUAUUCGGGUGUUGAUUUUACCAUAAAAGAUAAUGGUGGUCCGGAAUGCCUCGUAUACGCAUCAACAGCACAACGUUUAUAUGAAACAGGUAUUAUUAUUAUUUGGGUAGCAUUUGAAUUACAUUAUGCAAUCUAUUAUGCACAUACAAGAUUUACAGAUCCAAAUGAUACGCCAUUUCCAGCAGAAGAUUGUGAAGAGAGAAAACCAAGUGUACUUCGACGUAUUAUAUUAGUAGUAUAUGCUUGGUUAUGGGGUAUUGAAAUUGGUUUCAAAAUUGCUUCGAGACAAUUAAUCUGGAUACUCAAUCCAUGUCAUAUAGUUACAUUGAUACAGAUCAUUUUAUUGGCUCUAUCAUCUAAUAAAAUAUCUCGUGGUUUGUACAGACUGCAUGUCGUAAUGAUCAGUGGAGGCACACUCGCAAUGUAUUUUCCAUUGACGACCACAAGAUUUUUUCCAUUUGAAGUUGAAAUUUAUUACAUUCAACAUAUUCUCAUACUUAUUGUUCCAAUAUUUUUGUUAACGUCACAUGGUGGUUAUAGUUUAGAACCAAUGAAAAGUUUUCGUUGGACUAUAUUAGCAAUUACAUCAUUUCGUAUUUAUCAUUUUUUUGUAUUACAACCAGUUUCACUUUUAACAUCAGUGAAUUUGAAUGGUGUUCUUUGUCCAUUAGAAUUUGAUCCGUUUAACAGUGUAUAUUAUCGUAUGUGGGCUAAUGUACAUCAAAGUCUGUUUAUGCUUUUACAUCACAAACUUUAUUCAUUAAUAGCUAGAGCCUUAUUAGGAUCAAAAUAUAUAUUUGAUAUAAAAAAACUCUUAUAUUCAUCCACCAAAGAUUUAUCAAAAGCUAAAUAG